AACAAAUGCAACCCCACCCCCUACAGUAUUGUGUGGCUUUGGUGGGCCAUUUCAGGAUUCUCAGGUGAUCAAUAUAAAAGGUGUUCUGAUACGGCAGACAGACUCAGACACUGACAGUGUGGCAAACUGACCUCAGUCCCAGCAGCUGCAUCCAGAAACAACUUCAUUUCAACUGCUGCUAUGUGGAAGGACUCAAACAAUGAUGAUGGCAGGCCUGUGGCCCCCAGCAGCAGCUCCUCCCGCAGCGCCAGCCGCAGAAAGCGGACAAGCUUCUCCAAAGAACACGUGGAGCUUUUGCGUGCCACCUUUGAGACCGACCCGUACCCCGGCAUCAGCCUCAGAGAAAGCCUUUCCCAGACCACUGGUUUACCUGAGUCACGCAUUCAGGUGUGGUUCCAGAACCGAAGAGCUCGUACCCUGAAAUGUAAAGGAGCAAAAAAGGCUCUGUGGCAGUCUAACAGUCCACACCAUGACGCUUUCCCUUCACCUCCAUCAGCUGGCAGCAAUGGGUCAACAGUCCCUCUGAGACCUCCGGGGCCCCCACCAGCCUACCCAACCCCCGUGAAGCAGGAAGUAGAAGAGGGUGAAUAUUACAGCCAGUGUCCUCCUGCUUACUCUCCUUCUGAGAUUCAUGGACAAUACAGCUCUUUGUUUGGGCUUCAACAACUAAGCAGAACCUCCAGUCAACCCAUGUGGGGUAUGUGGCCCCACGUAGGCCCCCAGACCUCUCCAGCUCCCCAUUUGUGGUGCAAAUCUUUAGAAAUGAUGAGCUACAACUCAGCCUCCAACCACGGGACUGUCUUGUAUCCAGAGCAGCACAUGUACAGUAACUCCUCCUCCAGCUCCCAGUCGUCAACUCCAGACACACCAGAUUCUGGAUAUUGGGAUUUUAGUGCAGAAAGCAGCCCGCAAAAUGUAGGUCAGCACUCACAGCUGGAGAAGUCAUGGAAUUGGAUGUCUUUGGAGGAGAGCAGCGAACCCGGGCAUCCAAAAGCAGUCCAGCACACACCCCUUCCUGUGCUGUCCCUGCAGGAGAUUCUGGGAGAGCUUAAUGAAGACUGGUUGGGCGGAGAAGGAUGUGAAAAAUGCAAUUGUGAGAAAAAAACAGCUUUUUGCUGAGUCUUCCGUGCUAAGGCAUUAUUCUACAUCUUUGGACAUUUGUAUAUAUCUCUUAAAAGAAUCCUGGUGUGGUGUAAUAUUAGAAAUUAAGGCAACAUGUUUUUUAAUUUAAAGUGCUAUUGUUUUUAAACAGAACAGUACUGCAGUUUUGGAUAGAUAUAUUGAUAUAUCUAUCCAAAACUAAUAUAUUUAUUACUCACUAUUUAUAUAUAUAUA